AUGCCUCCCAGAUUACAGAGCCUGCAGCGGCUAGGCACCGCCACCUUGUGCCUGCGCCCGGCUGUGAGGCCAGCAACCCCGAGUUUCCUCCCCAUCAUCCAAACCGCCAACCUCUCCCUGCGCGAGAAGAAGCGCAAGGCGAAGCAAGAUCCUUACCGUCACCAACAGGCGCUGCAGCGCAAGGCCGCGAACCAAAAGAGGCAGAGCGAGAUCCAGGCGGAAAAGGACGCGAAAUGGGGUGACCCGAUCCACGGCAUUCCGACCCCCUUUGUUGAAUCGUUCGACUCGGCUGGUCAGGCGUCCGAAACGAAGCUCGUCAAGGACGACAAUGGCAACAUCCUCUUCAAGCCCCGCCCGCUUCCGACGUCCCCGGGUCUUCUCAAUCAUCUCGUCACCAGGGACGAGCUCGAGCACGUGAUACAGAAGGCCUACGCCCUGACGAAACCCAUUAAGAGCGAGGACAGGGACUACGUAGACCCUGCGACAGAGAAGCUGGCCGAAAAGCAGCACAAGCAGGACCAUGCCAGGGCGGUCGAGGCUCUGAAACGCAUUCUGUCGAUGGAAAAUGCCAACUCCAAGAUCCGCCUGCACACCAACAUUAAGAGAUGCGUCGACACCUUCGGCCGACACAACACCGACAAGAUCGUGCAGCAGAAGCCCAAGUCCGCUCUCGUGGACCCCAACGCCCCGCCAGCUCCCGAGAGAGCCGGCCCCGACACUGGCAGCUCCGAGGUGCAGAUCGCGAUCCUGACCGCCAAGAUCAGGAAGCUGGCGCAGGAGCUCUCGCAGAACCGCGGCUACAAGGACAAGCACAACAAGAGGAACCUGAGAGUGCUCUGCCACCGGAGGCAGAGACUGCUCAAGUACAUGGAGAAGAAGGAGAGAGGAAGCGGGCGGUGGACGCACCUGCUGGAGAAGCUGGGCUUAUCUCCCGCGACGUACAAGGAGCAGAUCAGCUUCUAG